AUGAGCAAAUCUGGAGAUUUCGAAGCCGUUGCGGCGGAUAUCAAAAAGAUUCUACAUCAGCCUGAGUAUGAUGAUGGAAGUGCUGGGCCGGUGUUAGUGCGUUUGGCAUGGCAUUCGGCUGGUACAUAUUGUGCGGAAACCGAUACUGGCGGUAGUAAUGGAGCAGGCAUGCGUUAUGAGGUAUGUGCCAUUCUCGACACACAAUGUGGUAUCUGGUUCACUAACUUGUUGCAGGCAGAAGGAGGCGACGAAGCAAAUGCAGGCUUGCAGCAUGCCCGUGUUUUCCUGGAACCCAUCAAGGAGAAGCACUCGUGGAUAUCCUACGCAGACCUAUGGACACUUGCCGCCGUUGUCGCGCUAAAAGAGAUGGGAGGUCCUCAGAUUAAAUGGCUUCCUGGCCGAACCGAUUAUGUGGAUGACAGCAAACUUCCUCCUCGCGGUCGUCUUCCAGAUGGUGCCCAAGGCGCUGACCACAUCCGCUUCAUCUUCUACCGGAUGGGCUUUACAGAUCAAGAGAUUGUUGCACUCAGUGGAGCACACAAUCUCGGAAGAAUGCACAUGGAUCGCAGUGGUUUCCACGGCCCCUGGGUUCCCAAUGGCACUCGCUUCAACAACACCUACUACAAGAUCAUGACGGAUUUUGAGUGGAAGGAGAAGACGCUUGAGAAUGGCGUCAAGCAGUUUGUCUACAUUGACGAGGACCUGGAUGAAGAAUUGGCCAUGCUGCCAACCGAUCUCGCGCUCGUCAAGGAUGAGUCUUUUGCCCCUUGGGUAAAGAAGUAUGCCGAGGACAAGGGUCUUUUCUUUGAUCACUUUGCAAAAGCCUUUGGCAAGCUUCUCGAGCUGGGUAUUCAGAGAGAUGCCAAUGGCAACAUCAAGAAUUCGGACAAUGUCAAGGGCGGUUACCACAGCGCCCCGAAGAAGUCUUCGAAGCCUGGCAAGCCAAAGACUGCUGGAGAUGGUAUUGCCGAGCCUUUGCAGGAAGAGAAUGCUCGUUUCAAGGCUAGGCUGUAG